UUUCUCAUUCAGGAGAAAAGCUUGGUCCUUUCAAAUUCUUGGAGAUCCUCGUAGCUUUGAGGAUCUCUCGGUCUCUCUUGCCAGAGAUUCUUCCACAUGGUUCUCUGAAUCGUACCCCUUUUUCUCAGAUCCCAGGAUCCCAUUUUUCUCAGAUUCACUAUCCGUUCUCACAUUUUCCCGAAAAAAUUUCUGGGUUUUGGACUUUCUCUCACGCCAAACAGGGAGAAGGGCUAGCACCAGAUCUGAACUCUCGCCUCACUAAUGGGUUUGCUGCGAAACCCUAGGUGUUUUCUUCCCCGCCUGCUCAUCCUCUCCGCCUUCUUCUGCUUCGUCUUCGUCUCUGCGCAGGAAUCGGGGGUUGAAAAUGAGAGGCGAGAAUCGGGAGGAUCUGCGCUGGAGCUGGGUCGUCGCGGCAUGAUCGGUGCCGACAAACUAGGACUUGAUGCUGUUGGAGAUAAUGUCAAUGUCAAUUCUCUUGGUCUGAAUCUGGACCUUGAAUCCACUGGCCCUGGUGUUUUUGAUGCCCUCUUCGCCAGUUUCUCCAUGAUUGUCGUGAGCGAGAUUGGGGAUGAAACCUUUAUAAUUGCGGCACUUAUGGCUAUGCGACACCCGAAAUCCAUCGUCCUAUCGGGUGCACUCUCUGCUUUAGUUGUCAUGACAGUACUUUCAACUGGACUUGGUAGGAUUGUGCCAAACUUGAUAUCGAGGAAGCACACUAACAGUGCAGCAACAAUUCUCUAUGCGUUUUUCGGGUUACGGUUACUUUACAUAGCUUGGAAGUCGGAUCCAAAGGCGUCUCAGAAGAAGGAAAUGGAGGAGGUCGAAGAGAAACUCGAAGCAGGGCAAGGGAAGACAGCCUUUCGCCGCUUCUUCUCUAGAUUUUGUACCCCGAUAUUUCUAGAGUCAUUCAUCUUAACCUUUCUAGCUGAAUGGGGUGACCGCAGCCAGAUUGCGACAAUCGCUCUAGCGACCCACAAGAACGCGGUGGGAGUUGCGGUGGGAGCGACGAUAGGACACACAAUCUGCACGUCGGUAGCGGUGGUAGGAGGAAGCAUGUUGGCCUCGAAGAUCUCCCAACGGACCGUGGCUACCGUCGGGGGAUUGCUCUUUCUUGGGUUUUCGCUCUCGUCCUACUUCUAUCCGCCUCUAUAGCUGCUACCGACUACUUGCACUGAACGGGUCUUGAUCAAGUAGUUUUAUGUAUUUUGUUUUUGUUCUGUCUUUACUCUUUGUAAGAAAUGGUUGAGAGGAUUAACUGCAGAAAUGGAAGCAAUGUCCUAAGUACAA